AUGGCAAAGGAGUGCCGCAAAUCGCAAAAGGUCGCACGUAAGCAACCAGUCCGCAAGCAGACUGGUGCACAGUCUGUGAAUAGUAAUAAAAACAAACCCUCACAGCAGCGUGAUGUGCCUACUUCAACAUCACAGGAGUCAUCUGCUUCCUCAAAGCCACCUGCUGACCUGAGGGAAAAAUUAAAUAGGGCUAGAGCUUCAGAGGAAGCUUGGAAGGUGCAACCUCCUUGCACACCAGUGCUAAAAGAGGUCAAAGUUGCGUUUGAGAAAUCACAGCGUGAUUUACGGGAUAAGUUGAUCGCCCGUCGCAACGCUACUCCCAUGGCCCCUUCCACACAGGCCUUUGACCUAGAUUUGUCCGUUCGACUGCCAAAGACAGCUCCAUCAUCGUCUUCAAUGGUGACUGACUUUAGUCGUACAGUCACGGAAAAGCCCGGCAAACAGUUGGAAGUUGUUGUUUCCAACCCGGAUGUUGCUGCCCGUAAACAGGGCAAAUCUAGGCAUGUCUCCUCUAGCAGUGAGGAGAGUGAUGAUAGUUUGGCAGAGAUGUCAGUUACCCCAAAGCCUCGUUCAAAGCGUGUUAAGCGUUCUGAAAAGUCCCAAAAAGAAUUGGGACAUGAGGCGGAGGGGCCUAGUAAGACCAUUGCUGAUGUCGCUUCUUUAGGCCAAACUAAUAUCACAGAGGAUUGUCUUGACGGAUCCAUGGUAAUUGAUCCAAUUGCACCCCAGAAGUUGAGGAGAUGGAGGCCCAGUCUGCACCUGUGCCAGAAUUGCAGACUGUCUCAUCUUCAGUGUCUGGUGCUGACAAUCAAAGAAAUUUUGCAGCAGAAUCCACUGAGGAUUCUGUGAGUCCUAACGACCCACAAUGUGACGUGCGUCCCCCUCAGGAAAUUUCUUUGCCAGAGGAAGUGACACUGGAAGAGGCCAACUAGAACUGCGGUCCUCUUACAGAUGAUGAUAUGUUUUUUGAAUACGAAUCAUGUCACAGUGGGCCCGAUGUAGAAUCUUCGUCAGGGGCAAGUACGACUUCAAGUCUGCAGCAAGCCGCUGAUUUUACAGACCAUCUCCUUCAGGAUGCUGCCGCCGAUCCACACAGUCUGGAAGCUGUUGCCACCUUGUGGCAGGCACUUGACAACGCAGUUGUGAAGGAAGAUGGUUCCUCUUCUUUAGAGCAUUAA